GUGGGGCCCGCUUGAAAUCCCGGUUUUACCCCUGGCCAGCCUCUCUGCUCUUCCUCGAAGCGACACACCGGCGGACGGCGGCGACGGUGGUAAUCGACGGCGGGGGCACCCUCCCGGCGACAGCUACAACCAUGGAAGCUAGGGUUCAUCGCUGCACAUUGGGGAAUUUCGUGUGAAGGACUACUUCUUCAGUCAACAUAUACAAAUGACAUUACAGUAACUAGUUUUGAGCAUCUAUCAUCAAAUACAUUUGAAAGAAUUGUUUUGAGGCAAAAAGGGCAAACAAUCAUAGUUCAAUGUAAAGAGUGGCAAAAGGCAAUUGCAAUGUAACUAGUGGCAAAUUGUCAAAAUGCAAAGUAAAUUGUGGCAAAAUAAUUAAAUUCUCCAUUGAACUCUGUAUCAAUACGUAAUAGCCAAGAAUUCCACAUUUCGUGAAUCUGUGUGUCCUCCCAAAAUAUAUUUUAUGAACCUAUCACUUCCUGACGGGGAUGUGUAUUUAUACUGCUCCUUAAUUUGAACUGUAUGUAUUAGUUCUUUAUUGUCUGGUAUGUGUUCCUCUUAAAAUAUCUCAUUUUCCACUUGGACUGUUAAUGCUCGUGGCAUAUAAUGUGAGGUUUUUAAGAUAAUAAAGUGCUUACAAACCAAAUGUUAAGUUUAUGUGUGGUGAGAUCAUAGUGAGGGUAAGUGUACCAAAUAGACUCGUUUCUACUGAUCAAAUAUGAAAAUGUGUGUUGCUCGUCAAAGUGCACGAACAACCUUGCAUAGUUAGUUUGACACGGCCAUAAUCAUCUCGAAUUCUCGAGUCUGUGUGCUCACAUAGUCUGCUCCCAAAUAGAAAAUUAUUUAUAUGAUUCUUGUUAGCUCAAAGUAUGUUAGUUUUUUUUUCCUCAAAACGUCAUCGCCUCUAAUGGUCAGGUCGAGCCCAGCCUAGCCUAUCACAAGGGUCAACAGGCAAGCGCCGCCAAGAAAUUGAUCGAGGAUCGGGGUCGCGAAGGGAAACGAGACGAGCGGUCGAUAGGGAUGGAGGCUGCGGUGCGGAAGAUGCAGCAGAGGGUGAGGAAGGCACGGGAGGAGACGGAGCGAUGGGAUGACCUCAAUUCCCGCCUCCUGUCCCACUUCUCCAAUGCCGCCGCCAUCAUCACCCGCCUUCCAGUACCUUUCAUUCUCCUCAGAUCCUUCCUUGCAUUUAUCUGCGUCCUACUUGUACGCAGCAGCUUCAGUGAUGUGCUGCGCAUGCUCAAUUCCGCAGCUGUAAUGGGGUUUGAGAAAUCUAGUAAAUGUUCUACACGGUUCACAGUAAGGUACUUGGAGAUGCUAAAAAUUAUGGUGUCCUGCGGUGUGUGCCCAAUUUCAGGGAGGAUCUCUUGGGGGUGCAGAUGGAGAGCUUGGAGCUCAUAUUUGUUUCAAUGAGGGAGGCUCUGGAGGAGUUCAGUGGCAUUGCCAAAGGUUUGAGCAAGGUACUACGCGAUACUAAUCAGAUGGUGAGGGGUGGAUUGGCAUUCAAUGCGAAACAGUUGCAAUUACAAGUGGGAAUUUUGCCAACUAUUGCGGAUUGCUUGGGUGGGCUACAAACGCUGUCUGAUAUGCACCAGGCUGAGUAUGCGCUAAAAUCAUCAAUCAUCUCUUUGUUGACAUGGAAAAGCAGUUCAAGUGAAAUCGCUGCAAUGCGUCAACUCUUGGUAGACCAACCAAACAUACCGAAAGAUGAAGUGCAAUCUAUUUUCGACAUUAUAUUUGCGGAUGAAAUUUGUUAAGUUGAGUGUGUAUCCUACCAUCGGGAGCCUUAUUGCCAAGACAUGUUGAAGCCACUGUAUUUUGAUCUACAUUCUUAUAUCUGGACAAAGCAUGAAGGAGUCUGCAGUUUCAGGUUUAGUGGCCCCAAUUCCUAUAGCAAUCGUGACAAGGCUGAAAUUAAUUUACAGAACCGUUUAGCUUGUAAACCUGUAAGUCGGUGCAUAGUGCGGUCGACAUAUUGGGAAGUAGCGCCAUUGAUCUGCUGCAACUUAAAGUGGUCUACUGAAAAUAGUUACUGGGAGUUUUUUUUUAUAUAUAAAGCUACUGAGAGUUUCUUGCGUGAAGCUGCUAAUGUGUGUAUGAUUAUGACCUAACUUUGCACAUCUGGCCCUUUGUUCUCUGUUGUACUCCCUCUGUAAAGAAAUAUAAGAUCGUUAUAUAACUAUCGUUCCUGGAGAUUA